AUGCAAUCCAACCAUGCUGGUUCGCAAAAUGCUCACCCAGCUCCAGGCCUUGCCGCUCCUGGCCCCUACUCGACAGCCAGCUCGGCUUCUCUAAACUCCAAUCUCGAAAGCGACUCCGAUCCCUCAGCGCCUACCAGUAACCAUCGAGACUCGGUCGGCUCAAUCAUCGACGAUCCUUUCUUCCAGACCUACGAUCCGGCAAUCCAAGCUGCUACCGCAUCCGAGGACGACGACCAAUCUGAUGGAAGCUCAGUCUACCAAUCGCUAGACGACCAAGACCACGAACAUCUUUUCCACGACACAAAAGGGCACAACUUCGGUAACCCUGCCAAGCCCGCCAAACGCAGAGGCCGCGGGGAAACAAGAAAACCAGUCACAGACCCAGACAGCGAUGAUAACGAAGCAAAUCAGCACUGGCCGCCUCCUCGUCGAGAAUCUUUGACCGCUGCACCCUCGUCAUACUGGGUACAAACACCUCCAACCAUGGAGAGUUUUAACAUUGCCGUUAUCGGUUCCACAGGCGUUGGCAAAUCAUCUUUUGUUCAGCGGGUCCUGGGUCUAUCUCGACCACCCAUCUCCAAUGCCUCUAGUGUUCGCAUGCUGGUUGAUAACAACUCGCAUGCUGUAACUUUACUCGAGCUAGAUCUGGAGUACUUUGAGCUGAACCCCACGCAACCUAUCCAAUGGCCCAAACAAAUCAAUGGACACAUCGUCCCUCGAGUGGACGCUGCGCUCAUCUUGUAUGAUGUCACAAAUCAUGAGUCUGUGCGUGAGCUUCCUCAAACACUAGCUGCGCUCACAAACUCCGGCCUACCUGCCAGCUUGGUUGCCUGUAAAUGCGAGACACCCGAAGCUGAGUGGCAAGUUAACGCCGAAGCGAUAGCAAGCCACACAUACUUCAAGUCUUGUGUUUCUACAUACAAGAUCUCAUCCACUGAUGACAUCGAGGUUGCGAAGACAUGCCUGCACACCAUCCUGAGGGCUGCUAUGGCACAUCGAAGAGAAGAGAAUGGUGAAACAGUGUCGCGCAGAAGAGCGCAAUCCGCUGCUAACCUAGAGGCCCCUGAUAUCGGUACCGGACGUCCCAUCAGUCAGCAUAGCAAGCAUAGUCGAGCAAGCUCCGACUUCUCUUUGCUCAAGGGAUUUUCCAUUCCUACGAUCAGCGAAGGCUAUCGAACGCAGACUUCUCGUAGCCCUAAACGGGGUCAAUCUGCGAGUCCCAAUCCCGAGGCGGGAGAACUCGGCCCAACGCAAACACUCAACAACAUGCUCAGAACUCCCGGUAUUCGGCUGGACAGGCCCAGCACCGAUUCGUUUCUGGAUGUAGAUGAGUCUGAUCCAGAGUCAUAUCGUUAUUCCGACGACAUUCCGAUACUUCAAAGAAACGACGACAACAGUUUGGAUAAGCAAGCCAAGGCAGCAGGAGUGACGUUCGAGGAGCUAGUUGACCGCCUUCUCGCCCCCCGCCUGACUCGAAUAGAUAACAACUUCUCCGAUGUGUUCCUGUGUCUUUAUCGCAAGUUUGCGGCUCCUGGCGAGCUCUUCACUGCCAUUUUGACGAGGCUGGACCAGGUGAGGGAAGACAAGUCAGCGCAUUAUCUUUCCAAGACGGCAACCCAACUACGCAUCAUCGAAGUAGUGGCCAAAUGGGUGUCGCUCUAUCCUGGCGACUUCGCACGCCCCCAAACAAGACGAAACUUGGAAGAAUUUAUCAGACAUUUGAGUACCGAGCCAAUUUUCUCCAUCGCUGCGCAGCACAUGCGACGUCAUCUCCAAUUCAACGUGGUAGAGGACGAUGACACUGGCUGGGCGAACUCGGAUGAGGCGAGCGAUAGGCUUGCGGGCGAAAUCCUGUCGAAAGACAUGAACGAGCUGUCAUCUGGCGUGAGUGUGUUGACAGUGGAAUCCGAUACUGAUGGGCGACCAUCUGGGAGCUCGGAGGUUUCACUUGCAGACCGAAGUAGCAGUGUCUCAAGUCAAGUGCACUUCCAUACGUUUGAAGACUAUGAGAGAGCGGCGGCUAGCUUGGAGCCCACAGACAACCUGCCCAUGAACAAGUUCCGCUACCAUAUCUUCAUGGACAUACCCGCUGAUGAUGUCGCGGAUGAGUUGACCAGAAUCGACUGGAUCAUGUUUUCGUCUAUCCGUAUCCGAGACUUUGUUCGACAUGUCAGUUUGUCGGCAUCACAGAAAGAAAGAUGCAAGAGUUUGCGCAAUGUCAACAGGAUGAUUAACCACUUCAACCAUAUUGCGAAAUGGGUUGCCAACAUGAUUCUAUUACGAGACAAGGCCAAACACCGAGCGCUGAUACUCGAGAAAUUCAUGAAUAUAUCGCUCAAACUUCGCCAGUUGAACAAUUACAAUGGUCUGGCGGCUGUUCUAGCUGGUGUAAACGGAACAGCUAUUCAUCGGUUGAAUCAAACAAGGGCGCUAGUACCAGCCGAUAUACAAAAGAGAUUCGCACGGUUGGGUAUACUGAUGGGAACGCAAAAGAGUCACUUUGCAUAUCGUUUGGCUUGGGAGAACUCAUCCCUUCCAAGAAUUCCAUUCAUUCCUCUUCACCGAAGAGAUUUGGUGUCAGCCGAGGAGGGAAGCAGAACGUUUGUUGGGGCAGAGGGAGACCGCAUCAACUGGAAAAAGUUUGACGUGCUGGGAGAAGUUCUGCUUCCGAUGAUGAAAAGUCAGGGCACAUCAUACCCGAAUCUAGCCAAGCAUGAUAAUGCACGAGAGCUGAUUCUGGGUUGCCGAAUGCCGACAGACGAAGAGGUAAGAAGGUCAAGCCAAUACUGA